GGAAGCGCGGUGCGAAGCCUUUGUCUCGGCAGCCAGCGGCUCGUCCUUGUGCCGCCCGACGGGCUGCCGGCCCCGGCUGCGGCUCGAUUGUGCUUUUCGCCGCCCCGGGCAUGUCUUGACAUAGCUGCGCUGUCGUGCACUUCCGACGGAUGUCUCUGGCCGCCGCGACAGCGUUCGGGGUCUGAGCCUCGGCAGCGGCUGGCGGCGGAGCGAGUGUGACAUUCCCCCGCUCGCCGUCUGAGGGAGGGAGAAGGGGAAGAAAGGAGCAGUCGCUCCCGCAAGGUUUUCCUUCUUGCUGGGUCAGCCUUCCUGGAUGGUUGCAUUACUCCCUCGUGGACACGUUGCCAAGCGCCUACAGAGAAAGAGGCUGGAAUAUUUUUUCCCCUGAUUGGUUUUCGUCGUGCUCGUCGUGCCGAAAUCCCCACUUUUCUCCCAGUUUGCUGGUCCGCACCGAGGCAGCAGGAAUAUGCUCAUGAAGGAGUACCGGAUCUGUAUGCCUUUGACAGUUGAGGAGUACAGAAUUGGACAGCUGUACAUGAUAAGCAAGCAUAGCCAUGAGCAGAGUGACAGAGGUGAAGGUGUGGAAGUGGUGCAGAAUGAACCCUAUGAAGAUCCAAACCACGGCAAUGGUCAGCUAACAGAGAAACGGGUUUAUCUCAACAGCAAACUGCCUAGCUGGGCUAGGGCAGUUGUUCCCAAAAUCUUUUAUGUUACAGAGAAGGCUUGGAAUUACUAUCCUUAUACCAUCACAGAAUACACAUGUUCAUUUUUGCCUAAAUUCUCCAUUCACAUAGAGACAAAAUACGAGGACAACAAAGGAAGCAAUGACAGCAUUUUUGACAAAGAAGCUAAAGAUCUGGAGCGAGAAGUCUGCUUUAUUGAUAUUGCGAGCGAUGAAAUCCCCGAGCGCUAUUACAAGGAAUCGGAGGAUCCUAAAUAUUUCAAGUCACAGAAGACUGGGAGGGGCCAGUUAAAAGAAGGCUGGAGAGAGACCCAUCAGCCGAUUAUGUGUUCCUACAAACUUGUGACUGUGAAAUUUGAAGUCUGGGGACUUCAAACCAGAGUAGAGCAAUUUGUACACAAGGUGGUCAGAGAUAUACUAUUGAUUGGUCACCGGCAGGCUUUUGCCUGGGUUGAUGAGUGGUAUGAUAUGACUAUGGAUGAUGUUCGAGAAUACGAGAAAAAUAUGCAUGAAAAAACCAACAUUAAAGUUUGCAACCAACAUUCAUCUACUGUGGAUGAAAUAGAGAGCCAUGCCAAAGCAAGAACAUGACAAUGGAUCAAGUUCGAGAGUUUGAAAGAGCCACUCAGGAAGCUACCAACAAGAAGAUCGGCGUCUUCCCACCUGCAAUAUCUAUCGCUAACAUUUCCAUGCCUUCUUCAACCCGCAGUGCUCCAUCUAGUGCUCCGUCAACUCCUCUCUCCACAGAUGCUCCUGAAUUCCUAACGGUUCCCAAAGACCGGCCUCGGAAAACAUCUGCUCCAGAAACUCUCACUCUUCCAGAUCCAGCGAAAAAAACCCUUUGAAUUAACCCAGCAUGUUUCCUCCUGAUAAGCCAUGUCUACCACAGCAAGACUGAUGUAACUUAAUUUCUACAAAGGUCAUGGUGGUUUGUUAGUUGGUUGUUUGUUUUUUUUUUCCUCUUAAAAUAAUCUUACUGGUGUGGAAAGAUUACUUCUUUCCUCAGAAUUGAUCCUUAAAACCUUCAGAGAAGUGCAUGCAAGAGAAUGUAGUUUAUAUACUCCUAAAGUAGUGUUUCAAGCCAUCUUACUGACAUACGGUGAAAUAGCCUGAGGGGAACCCUAAAAAACCAUAAAUCGUCCUGUAGCAGUACCCUACCUACAAAUCCUCAUCUAGGUCAUAGCAUUUAUAAUUAGGAGUAAGUAUUUAGUAAAGCUGCCAAGGACUUCUGAGGCAAAUCAGUGCCAACUAAAAUGCAGGGUUAACAGGAAAAAACCCUCCCGUUUUCUUCUUCUUUUAUAGCGGAUUUUAAAAGCCUUCCUACUCUCAGGCUUCUCCUGUGUAUUCAUAAACCUUUGACCUGUAACUCAUUGCACUCGAACACCAACAGCAAUCGCUCAGACUUGCAGUUCGCUUAAUAUGACUCAGGAUUUGGGGCCUUAGCUAACAAACGCAAAACUUUUCAAACCUAAAAUACCGCUGUAUCGAAGCCCUGAUUGUAAUUAAUUAUACUGACUUUGAGGCCAUUGAACUAUUUCUACCUUGCACAGAAUUUGUAAAAGAAACCACCUGUUUGUUGUAAAUAAUGUAUUUUAAUAGCUCUCCCCUGUCCUUUUUGUGGUCUCUGAAGUCCGUAUUGGUGUUCAUCGGUGGUGUUCCUUGUGUAAGAUUGAAAAAAAAGCAGCUAAAUUGAGCCAGUUGAGAAGCAAAACCAAUGAAUUCUGUCUUUUCCUCGCUGGAAGAAGAGUGGUAGUUACGCUGUAGGAUCUUGAAUGUAAAGGAAAGAGAAUAUCAGGCUCUUUUUUCUUUCCCGCCUCCCGUCUUUCCCAAACAGCACGUUCCCAAAAGCUGGUCCCAGGCUUUGCCAUCGUCCCAGGAAGGGGUGAGCAAACCUGGUGACUUUAGGAAGCAAGGGAAUGGUGGGGCUGCGCGGUCCGUGGAGGGCGACGCUAAGGGAACAGAAGCUCUUCGAUCUCAGGAAUUAAAAUGCAGAAAAGGAUGUUUCCCGGUAGGGAAGUGUAGACUGGAAGGAGGAGAAAAAGAAAUGGCAGAAGCGGUUUCUUCCUUCCUUCUCAAAACGGAAGCUCGGUGAGAAACGUCCCCCACUGCCCCCACCUGGGGUGCGCUGCCUGUCACACAGGUGGGCGCUGCCGGGACCUGCGGGUGCUGCAGGAGGUGUUCAAUAAUCCACUGCUCAGUUCCCAGGGAGCAACAGCCAUUACCUGAAGCAAGAGCAAAGCGGGUGAAAUUUUGCACCACCGGUGGGGUGUUAGGUGGAUGGUAAAAAAGAGGGUCCCCCAGAGCUGAACGGGGGUCGGAUGUUGAACACUCCGUUUGGGGUGGCCUUUUACCUGGGCGGGACGUCCGUGCCGUCUUCUCAGCACCACGCUGGGAUCUGCUGGCUGAAAUGCACUGAACUUCUCGAUGGCUGUAGAUCCAGUAGGAGUUACCUUGAAUGUGUGGUAUUUGUAGAGUAGUUUUAGUAGCAGGAGAAGUAAUUCCACUGCCAGCCUGCACUGAAAACAAGUGUAUAUUUGUUUGAUAGUUAAAAUCCUGUAGCUAGCAAAAUCCUGCGGCUCUUUGUAGGGUAGCUGUGGUCUGACUUCAUGCGUUCCCCCCCUUACUGUCCAUGUUUUGCUUUGCUUUUCUUCUCAGAGCUAGUAAUUCUGUGUGGUUAGUAAACCAAUGGGUAACGAUUUAUUUGUUUGAAAAGAAUCCGCUGUAACGAUGCAAACAAAACUUGCCUACGCUAGUUUAUGAUUUCAGCGUAAAAAGUGUGCAGAUUGUAUAUUCAUGAUUAUAACUGGUCUGCUCUUUUAAUUAUUAUUAUUUGUUUAGUUGCACGAUUGGAACAUCGGAAGAGAAGGGAAACCUUUGAAAACAUGAAGCAUUGUCUGGUGGGGUUUUAAUUUCCUGAAUUUGACCUAUAUAGGAAUAGUCGAGGUCUGCUCCCCCUGACGUCUGGUUUUCAGUGACUGUCGUCUUUGUCAAGGCAGAAUUUGCUCAGCUCCAUCACAGUGUCCUUGUGCUUACACGUUACUGUUUCUAGAUAAGUUCUGGCAUCUGCAUCUGACAGGGAUUAUUAGAUCAAAGCAGUCCUGCCUUUACUUACAUUUAACCGAUUGAUUUCCAAUCCCACGUGGAUACAGUGAUUAUCAUAUUAGGUGGCUUUGGGGAUAAGGCAUGUGUGACAGUUACUAACAGACCUGAAUAGGACACAUCUUAAUAGCUGCGUGACAGAGAUGUCGGAGAAAGACACUGAUCACAUCAUGAUAAAAAUGACAGACUGUUCCGUGUCCCGUCUGCCGGUGCUGCUGCUGUCACCCUGCCACCCAGCAGGGCUGCUCUCCAGGAGCACCGGGUUUGCUGACGGAACAGCCGGAGUUCCCCGUUGGCCACAACAAGGAUCAGUCACGUUGCCCCCGUGUUGCUUGCUGAUGAAGGCAGAUAAAAAGAUGGGUGAUGUUUCAUUGCUUUGGGUCAGAAAUGCCCCAGGCUUGUCAUUGCCUUUGUCAGUAACCCUCUGCUGUGUCCAGCUUGGCUUUCCCCUCUGCUCAGUACCAUGUAGUCAAUGUCAUCUGUAAAUACCUUUUUCUGUUUGGUUGGGGUUUGUUUGUUUUCUAAGUAGGAUAACUUUCUAGAAUAUUCCCAGCAAAUGCUCAGAAGCACACGAAAUUAAAUGAAAAGCAAGGUCUGAACACUUCAGCAUAACAUCUUGAGGCAAAGGGGUCGGUUUCAUUACCGAUUUUUUUCACAGUGCUUUCUGUUGUAUUUUCAAACAUGUUUAUGAGGAGAAAAAUAGAGAGCAAUUUGCAGGUGUUCAUCACUUCUUUUGCAAAAAUAAAUGCUGUGAUCGUUCAGUGGGUGCAUCUUUAGAGCCUCGUGCUGUGCAGCAAAGCUGAACAGGCACAGUAGCUGUGUUCCUGUUCUCUGCCACAGCGGCUGAAGGAUUGCACGAUCCAGCUCUGCUGGGGCUUGGCAAGGAGCUUUUCAUCAAGGAGAAUACAGUUCAGAGCAAAGAACACAAUUAGUUUCUUUGGGUUUCUAUUGAAACUUCUUCCCAGCUUUGCUUGUACAUUUAUGUAUUUCGUAUAGAACAAUCAUUACAAAAUAACUGGCAAUUCAUUGCAGUCUUUAGGAGGGGACGUCUCCCAGUAAAUUAAAAAAGGGAGGUAUCCAUAAAGACUAUGAGGAGCAGCACAUUCCUGAAACACAUACUGAAUAGGAUUUCUUAUGAAUGUAAUGGUUAAUUUUGUAAAUGACUGGAUAAAUCCUGUGAAAAUAAACUAUUUGACCUUA